UGCACAAGUCAAGUCAAACUUCAAAUCCCCUUCCCUCCCACUGCCGCGAGCCUCGCCAACCGCCGGCCAUGGAGGACGCGGCGGCGGCGGCGGCGGUCACCCCCGAAAUGCAAGUUAGGAAGAGGCCCAGACCUGUCCGAGCCGACGGCCGGCAGGAUCCGCCGCCGUCGGGGGGCCUCGACCUCAUCAGCCGCCUCCCCGACGCGGUGCUCGGCACCGUCGUGUCUCUCCUCCCCACCAAGGACGGCGCGCGCACGCAGGCCCUCUCCCGCCGAUGGCGGCCCCUCUGGCGCUCCGCCGACGCGCCGCUCAACCUCGCGGCGGCCCCCGACCUCGCGGGCGACGACGGUUCGCGCGCCGCGCUCGCCUCCAGGAUCCUCUCCGGCCACCCCGGCCCGGCCCGCCGCCUCUCGCUCCGGCUCGCCCUCGCCCUCUCCCCCCGCAGCCAGGGCGAGGCCGACGGCUGGUUCCGCUCGGCGUCGCUCGCCGGCCUCCAGGACCUCGAGGUCACCAACCUGGAGUGGGGGAGCCACUACCCGCUGCCGCCGCACCCGCUGUUGCGCUUCGCGCCCACGCUAUGCUUGCUCAGGCUCGGCGGCUGCCGGUUCCCAUUCCCCGGCCAGGCCUCGCCGCCGCCGAGGUUUCCGCGCCUCAAGCAGAUCAUGCUGUUCGAUGUACGCAUCUCGGAGGACACUCUGCAAAGCGUCAUCUCCAGCUGCGCUGUUCUCCAAAGCGUCUCGCUGCACAACAUGAGCUUCAGUCGCCUGUGCAUCAGCUCGCCGACUCUCAGGAGCAUCAGCGUCGAAGGUGUCUUCACCUUCCGGGAGCUGGUCAUUGUCGACGCCCCUUGCCUCGAGAGGUUGCUGCCGAUUUACCCAAACGGUGGUCCGGCGACCAUACGGGUAAUCCGGGCACCUAGGCUGGAGGUACUUGGUUUCUUGUCUCAAGGCAUAUCCAGGCUCCACCUUGGAACCACAGUCUUUCAGGUACUAGCAAGGAUAGUAGCACAUUCAGAUUUCUUUAUAUGCAGCCUAUUGUAUUAUUCUGAUAUCACACACACUUGGUUUCCUUUUCUCCAGAGAAUGAUUGCUGUCACCAUGACAACCAAAAUGCGCACGCUGAAGAUUUUGGUUCUUGAAUGUGCUCCGAAUCUGGAUUUUGUUGUUGACUUCCUCAAGUGCUUCCCCUGCUUGGAGAAGCUCUAUGUCAUUUUCAGUGAAGGAAAGGAUAUGAAUAUUGCGCCGAAGUAUGAUUUGCUUGAUCCAAUUGAAUGCCUUGAACUCCAUCUAAAAGAAGUGGUGUUGAAGAAUUACUGUGGUGGUCAUAGGCUAUAUAUGGACUUUGCCAAGUUCUUUCUUUUGAAUGCGAAAGUGCUAAGGAAAAUGGAAAUCGGAGCCCGUUACAGCUACAAGUCCAACUGCAACAUCGACAACUGGAUGUGUUAUCUACGUAGGCAGCUACAAGUGGAGAAUAGAGCUUCCAAAGAUGCAAGCGUUGAAGUAAAAGUUAAUAAAUUCACUCGCCACGUACGUACUCACGAUUUGUCAGUGGACGAUCCUUUUGACUGAUCCUUGUGUGGAUCCUCCAAGUGUGUUUGAUUGUGCCCUUGCUUGUAUGUCUAGUGUUGUCACGUCCUUGUGAUGUUCUCUAAAAUGGUCUGCUAACUUCAUAAAUGGAACGCUUUGUUAUCCACUCUGGGUCAAAUCAGGAUCCAAGAUCCAGGAGGUGGUGCCUCAGCCAAGGAUUAAAAUCGGAACUUGCAAAGGUACAAGACGCUUGAAUUUUACUACUAGUAUUUCUGUGUUAUGGUUAGUUUGUACUUGUUGUUUAUCCUGUCGUUUAUGAACAGAUUCUAAGAGAAUUUGUUCGCUUGCGCUGCUGCUAGCUAACACUCUGCCUGGCUACAACAAGUGCUCUUGUAGUUGAAUGUCGUUACAGAGGACAUGUUCAUACUGUAGCAUGUUCAG